AUGUCGUGGAGUGUGGGUUUAGGCGGCAGGAUGACAUUGGCCAAGCUCCUCCUUCCCUUCCUCCUUCUCCACCCUUUCUGUGAAGGGGCCUCCAACCAGCCACCGCGCUUCCAAAACGAAUUCUUCCAGACCUACCUUCUCAUCUACGAGAAUACAACUGUCGGUUCGAUGGUGGCCCAGCUGAAGGCAAAAGAUGAUGAAGGGGAAACCCUUAUUUAUGGGGUGUCUGGAGAAGAAGCCAAGAAGUAUUUUUCUGUGAAUAAGGAAACCGGCGUGGUCUGGCUUCGACAGCCGCUCGACCGUGAGGCCAAGUCAGAGAUGCAGGUUGAGUUCUUCGUGAGUGACAGCCAAGAGGUGGUCAAAGACACGGUGAACGUUCAGAUCGGAGACGUGAACGAUAAUGCUCCAAUCUUCCACGGCCAGCCUUACAACGUCCACAUCCCAGAGAAUACAACAGUGGGCACUACAGUGUUUAUAGUGAACGCCACCGAUCCGGAUCAGGGAACCGGCGGCAGCGUUCUCUUCUCCUUCCAGCCGCCGUCGCCCUUCUUCUCCAUUGACGGAGCCAGAGGCACCGUCACAGUCAACAAAGCACUGGACUACGAAACCACGGCGGCCUUCCAGCUUACUGUCAAUGCCACGGAUCAGGACCAGUGGAGGCCCCUGUCCCGGCUGGCCAACUUGGCCAUCACGAUCAUCGACAUCCAGGACAUGGACCCCAUCUUCACCAACCUCCCCUACAGCACCAACAUAGAGGAGGGCGCGCCGCCGGGCUAUGAGGUGCGCAAGAUAACGGCCAUUGACCAGGAUCUGGGCCGACCAAGAGGCAUCGGCUACACCAUCGUCGGAGGGAACACCAAUAGCGUCUUUGCCCUGGACUACAUCAGCGGGUCCCUGACAGUGAAUGGCCACCUGGACAGAGAAAACCCGCUCUACUCAGCAGGAUUCACACUCACUGUCAAGGGGACAGAGUUGAAUGAUGAUCGGACGCCGUCGGAGGCCACAGUCAUGACCACCUUCACCAUCUUGCUGAUUGACAAGAACGACAACGCCCCGAAGUUCAACAGCUCCGAGUACCGCGUCCGAAUCACCGAGCUGGCGCAGGUCGGCUUCGCCCUGCCCCUCUUCAUCCAGGCCGAGGAUAAGGACGAGGGGGUGAACAGCAUGUUCCAGGUGUUUCUGACAGGGAACAAUUCAGAUCAUUUCACCAUCUCCCCUACGGCGGUGCAGGGGCGAGCUGACAUCAGGAUGAGGGUGGCCAUGACGCUGGACUAUGAGAAAAUCCGAAGCUACAGCUUCUCUCUCUACGCCAACGAGUCCAUGUCGGACCACGUGGGUUUCGCCCGCGUCUUCAUCGAACUGAUAAACGAAAAUGAUAACCGACCCAUCUUCAGCAAACCACUGUACAACAUCAGCCUUCCCGAAAACACACCCAGGGGCACGUCGCUGCUCCGCAUCAUGGCUACAGACGGAGAUGUAGGGACAUUUGGAAUAGUGCGUUACUACUUCAGUGAUGAGCCAGAUCAGUUUUCUCUGGAUGUUGAGACGGGCUGGGUCCGUCUGCGGGCCAACCUGGACUACGAGCUGAUGCGCCGCUUCACGUUGACGGUGCUGGCGAGGGACGGCGGCGGGGAGGAGACAGCGGGGAGGCUCCGGAUCAACGUGCUGGACAUCAACGACAACUCGCCGCUCUUCCAGAAGGAGGCAUAUGUGGGCUCCUUGAGAGAGAAUGAGCAGGCUGCGCAGCAGGUGGCCCGUCUGAGGGCCACAGAUGAGGACUCUCCACCCAAUAACUUCCUAACCUACACCAUCACCUCAGUGUCGGCCUUCCCCGAGUACUUCAGCAUCAUCAUGGUGGAGGGCUACGCAGUGAUCACUGUGAACAACCCUCUGGACUACGAGCAGAUUCCUGAUGGGAUGAUCUACUUGACGGUAAUGGCCAAAGAUGGGGGGAACCCGGCCCUCAACAACACCGUCCCUGUCACUGUGGAGGUGAUUGAUGAAAAUGACAACCCGCCCAAGUUCAGCAAGCCGUCCUACAUCGUCAAAAUCCCAGAAAACCUUAUUGCAGGGGCAACAGUGCUGCUUGUGAAUGCCACUGAUUUGGACGCCUCGCGGGAGUUUGGCCAGGCCUCACUCAUCUACUCCCUGCAGGGCUCCUCUCAGUUCCGACUCAACUCCCGCUCAGGGGAGAUCACCACCACCGCCCUACUGGACCGAGAGCUGAAGUCGGAGUACAUCCUGAUCGUCAGAGCUGUGGACGGAGGUGUGGGCCCCCUGCAGAAGACUGGCAUCGCCACGGUGAACAUUACCAUCCUGGAUAUUAAUGACAACGCCCCCAUGUGGAGAGAUGAGCCGUACCAUACCAAUGUGGUUGAGAUGAGCCCCAUAGACACUGAUGUUAUCUCUGUGCUGGCAGUCGACCCUGAUGACGGGGACAACGGCACGGUGGUGUACAGUAUCAGCCCAGAAAAUCCCUUCUACACCAUUAACAGCAGCACAGGGAAGAUCCGCACCAGUGGUGCCACCCUGGACAGGGAGAGCUCCAACCCCAAGGACACACUGCUCAUGAGGACCAUCGUCAUCUCAGCUGUCGACCGUGGUACACCUCCACUGCGCGCCUCAGUAAGCACCACAGUCUUCGUCAACCUGCUGGAUCUCAAUGAUAAUGACCCGGCUUUUCUUAAUCUGCCUUUUGUGGCUGAAGUGCCAGAGGGGCUGCCGAGCGGAUCCUCUGUCUUCAAGGUCCAGGUGGAAGACCCAGAUGAGGAUAAGAACGGCCUGGUUACCAUGGCCCUACAGGUGGGCAUGCCUCGCCUGGACUUCUCCCUCAACACCACCACAGGGGUGCUGACCUCCACGGCGAUCCUGGACCAUGAGCAGAUCAGACAGUACCAUUUAAGGAUCAUCGCGUACGAUGCAGGGAAGUACCCUCGCACCUCGACGUCAACCCUCACUAUCACAGUCCUGGACAUGAACGACGAGACGCCCACCUUCUUCCCUCGGGUGUACAACGUCUCCCUGCAGGAGAGCGUUCCCAGGGAUCACGUCGUGGUGCGCCUCAACUGCUCCGACAAUGACGCCGGCCUCAACGCCGAGCUCAGCUACUUCAUCACAGGUGGUAAUCAGGACGGCAAAUUCAGCGUGGGCUUCAGAGACGGGGUGGUUCGGACCGUGGUUGGUCUGGACAGAGAAGCUCAGGCAGCGUACACUCUGGUCGUAGAAGCUAUAGACAACGGUCCAGCAGGCAGCCGGAGGACAGGCACCGCCACCGUGUUUGUGGAGGUGCAGGACGUCAACGAUAACCGGCCCAUCUUCCUGCAGAACAGCUAUGAGACCAGCAUACUGGAGACUGUGCCCCGAGGGACCAGCAUCCUGCAGGUGCAGGCUACAGAUGCAGACCAGGGGGAGAACGGCAGGGUUCUGUACAGGAUCCUCUCGGGGAACAGCAACAAUCUGUUCAGCAUCGAUAAGCACACAGGGCUGGUGACACGAGGCCUCAAGGCUCUGGACAGAGAAACCAGCAGCUCCCACGUGUUGGAAGUGGAGGCCUACAACAGCGACCACGGCAGGAUGAGGAGCUCCGUACGGGUGAUUGUGUACGUGGAGGAUGCCAACGAUGAGGUGCCGGUGUUCACCCAGCAGCAGUACAACCGACUGGGCCUCAGAGAAACUGCUGGCAUUGGCACAUCUGUGAUUGUGGUGCGCGCCACCGACCCUGACACCGGUGAUGGUGGAGCUGUAGCUUACGCCCUCGUGUCCGGCUCGGACCGCAAAUUUGAGGUGGACGUGAGCACGGGCCUGGUGACCACUGUGGACUACCUGGACUACGAGACCAAGACCACCUACCUGAUGAACGUCUCAGCCACCGACCAGGCCCCACCCUUCCACCAAGGCUUCUGCACCGUCUACGUCACCUUGCUCAACGAGCUGGACGAGGCCGUCGCCUUCUUCUCUGCCGGUUACGAGGCUUCGCUGCGGGAGAACAUCGCCACCGGAACGGAGGUGGUGCAGGUUCAGGCCCAGUCCGCCGACAACCUGAACCAGCUCACUUACCGCUUCGACCCCGACACCUCGCCUGCAGCUCUUGCUCUCUUCAAGAUAGACAGCAUCACGGGUCGUAUCACGGUGACAGGCCUGCUGGACAGAGAGAAGGGAGACCUGUACACACUGACAAUUGUGGCUGACGAUGGAGGACCCAAAAAGGACUCCACUGUGAAGGUGUCAAUCACCAUACUGGAUGAGAAUGACAACAGUCCAGAGUUUGACAUCACAUCUGAUUCUUCUGUGGACAUCCCAGAGGACACACCCAUGGGUCAAAAAGUGGCGGUGGUUCUCGGAAGGGAUAAAGACGCUGGGAACAAUGGACUGGUGAACUUUACUCUAGUGGCAGGCAACAUGCAAGAUGUGUUUGAGAUCAAGACGGUGAACCACACCUAUGGGGAGAUUUAUGUCAACUCUCCUCUGGACAGAGAGUCCGUAGACCGCUAUCUACUCAAGGUGCGUGCCACAGACAGUGGCUCGCCUCCCAGAUACACAGACCACUCGCUCACCAUCAAUAUCCUGGACGUCAACGACAAUGUGCCUGUCAUAGAGAGCCAGAGGGGCUACAACGUCAGUGUGAGCGAGAACGUUGGAGGAGGUACGUCCGUGCUGCGUGUGGUGGCUACAGAUCGUGACAUCGGCCCCAACGCCAUGCUGUUUUACUACAUCACCGCUGGGAACCAGGACCUGACCUUCCGCAUGGACCGAAUGACGGGGGAGAUGGUGACGCGUCCGGCCCCUCCUGACCGGGAGCGUCAGCAGGAGUACCGGCUGAUCGUCACGGUGGAGGAUGACGGCACACCUCCACUGUCGACCUCAACCACCGUCUAUGUUCACAUUGUGGAUGAGAACGACAACGCCCCAGAGUUUCCUGAGGAGGAGUAUGUCACCGUGCUGAGCGAGGGACCCGACACCGUGGGUGCCACCAUUGCCACGGUAACGGCCAUCGACCCCGACGAGGGUCUGAACGGCACGCUGCGAUAUGCAAUCGCCCAUGGCAACCUGGCCCAGACCUUUCGUAUCAGCCACAGCACCGGAAGAAUUACAGCUGUGAAGCAGCUGGACUUUGAGAUCAGCAAUGGUCACUACGCACUGGUUGUCACGGCAACGGACCAGUGUCCAAUUCCCGCCCUUCGCUUGACAUCGAGCACAACAGUGCUGGUGAAUGUCUUAGAUGUAAAUGACGUGACCCCCACCUUCUCCAAAGACUAUGAGGGACCCUUCGAUGUGACAGAGGGACAGCCGGGCCCUCGGGUCUGGACCGUCAAAGCCGUCGAUGAAGAUUCGGGGCUCAACGGCAAAGUGGAGUACAGCAUCACCGGCGGAGAUCCUCAGAAUGAGUUCAUGGUUUCCCCGGUGGAGGGCGAGCUGCGGGUGAGGAGGGAUGUGGAGCUGGACAGGGAGGUCACGGCCUUCUAUAACAUCACCAUCACAGCCCGGGACCUGGGCAACCCACCUCGCAGCAGCUCGGUGGUGGUGGGGGUUCAUGUUCUAGACAUCAAUGACAAUGACCCGGUGUUGCUGAACCUGCCGCACAACACCAGCGUGAGUGAGGGCGCCUCCAUACACACGUCUGUGGCCCAGGUCCGAGCUCGAGACGCGGACAACGGGCGCAACGCACUGCUGACAUACAACAUCACCGCUGGCAACCGAGAUGGAGCUUUCUACAUCAAUGACACUACAGGUGUGGUGCAGGUGAACCGACCCCUGGACAGAGAGCGUGUGGCUGAGUACAAACUCACCAUCACCGUCAAAGACAACCCCGAGAACCCCCGCAUCGCUCGCAGGGACUCAGACCUGUUGGUGAUCACUAUUCUGGACGAGAACGACAACAGGCCUAUAUUCACCAGGACGAGCUACCGGGCUGAGAUCACUGAGAACACUGCAGCAGGCAGUACUGUGACAGUGCUGAAUGGGCCAGUUCUGGCGGAGGAUAAGGACAUUGGACCCAAUGCUAUGGUCAAGUACCGCCUGCUGGGAUCCAGACUGGAUCUCUUCACUGUGGACGCCAAUACUGGUGUGAUACGCGUGCGACACGGGGCGCAGUUGGACCGCGAGGCGUUUCUGGAGCCCCGGGUGGAGCUGUUCCUGGUCGGGGAGGACGUUGGGGGCUUGAACAGCAGCGUCCCUCUCACUGUCACCAUCCUGGACGAGAACGACAACCCUCCUAUCUUCAGCCCGUCCAGCUUCAGUGUGCGACUUCCUGAGAAUAGCCCCACUGGUGUGGUGGUGACCCAGUUGUCAGCCACUGAUGCUGACUCAGGCUCCAAUGGCUGGCUGGUGUACCGGCUCGAAAGCGGCGCUCAGGACCGCUUUGUGGUCGACUCUCUCUCUGGUGUAGUGCUGGUGGGAAACGCCACGCUCGAUCGAGAAGAGCGCGGGUCCUACCGUCUCGUCAUCAUGGCAACCGACCGCGGCACGCCCCCUCUCUCUGGCACGGCCACCCUCACCGUCAUCCUGGAUGACGUCAACGACUCCCGGCCACGUUUCAUCAGGCCGGAAACCACCAUCAGCGUCAAUGAGUCCACUCCGCCGGGUGUGGUGGUGGCCACACUAAGUGCCGAGGAUCCUGACCUCCGGCCCCGCCUGGAGUAUUAUAUCAUCUCUGUGGAGGCAAAGGAUGAUGGGAACAACCCUGUGGAUGGCCUGCAGGAGUCCUUUGGUAUUGACUUCCACACUGGUGCUGUGUUUGUGCGCAACCCACUCAACCGAGAGCUGGUGGCCACCUUUGAGAUUAUUGUGUCUGUCCACGACAAUGCCAGUGAUAUUAUUGACAAGUCAGUCAGUGUUCCUAACGCGAGGCUAACCAUUAAUGUGCUGGAUGUGAACGACAAUGCGCCUCGUUUCCGGCCCUUUGGAGUCUCCAACUUCACAGAGAAGAUUCUGGAAGGCGCUCAGCCAGGCACAACACUUCUUUCAGUGUCCGCUGUAGACCCAGAUAAAGGUCCCAACGGCCAGGUCAUCUACCGGCUGCUCAACCUGCCCCGAGGAGGAUACCUCAGACUGGAGGACCCGUCCACCGGUAAGAUCGUAGCCAACCGGACGGUGGAUUAUGAGCAGGUACAGUGGCUGAAUUUCACAGUUCAGGCCCAGGACCACGGCAGCCCUCCCAGGACGGCUGAGCUGCCUGUCUUCAUGCAAAUAGUGGACAUCAAUGACAACAACCCUGUCUUUGCCCGGCCCUCAUAUCAGAAGCCGGUGUUUGAGGAUGUGGACUUGGGCACCACCAUAGUUCGAGUCAGCGCGACAGAUGCUGACUCUGGCCACUUCUCUGUGAUCGAGUACAGCCUGGUAGACGGGGAGGGCAAGUUUGGCAUCAGUCCCUCCACUGGAGAUAUCACCAUCCUCUCCCCUCUGGACAGAGAGACUAAGGACCACUACACACUGACCGCUAUCGCCCGGGACAACCCCGGCAGCAGCCCCAACAACAGGCGGGAAAACUCGGUCCAGGUCCUGGUGACAGUUCUGGAUGUGAAUGACUUUCGACCACGAUUCUCGGAGCGAAAUUUCAACACCAGCGUGUUUGAGAAUGAGCCCAGCGGGACGUCUGUCAUCACGCUGACUGCCACUGACCUGGACGAGGGGGAGAACGGCCUGCUGACCUACAGCAUGCUGGUUCCCUCCUCUGUCUCUUUAGAUGCGUUCUCCCUGGACCCAAAUACAGGCCUGGUGCGUUCUCUGCGUCUGCUUCAGUCCUUUGAGCGCUUCAACCUGACCGUGGUGGCGACAGACCAGGGGCGUCCUCCCCUGUGGGGCACGGCCUCCCUGCACAUCACUGUUAUCGACGUCAACGACAACAGACCCGUGUUUGUCAGGCCCACCAAUGGAACCAUCAUGCAUAUCUUGGAGGAGCAGCCCCCGGGCCUGCUGGUGUAUGAGGUGUUUGCCACAGACAGUGACGAGGGGGUGAAUGGACAGGUGCGCUAUGCCUUCCUGCAGACCGGGGCAGGUAACAGAGACUGGGAAAACUUUCACAUCGAUGCCUUGACGGGAGUCAUCACAACUGCUGUCAAACUGGAUCGGGAGAAACAGGCCCUGUAUAGCCUUAUCAUUGUGGCCAAUGACUUGGGCCAGCCAGUGCCUUACGAGACAACGCAGCCUCUGCAGGUGGCGCUGUUGGACAUUGAUGACAAUGAGCCUGUCUUCCUCAAACCUCCACGUGGCAGCUUGCCGUACCAGAUACUGUCAGUACCUGAGCACUCUGCUCCAGGUACCGUGGUGGGGAAUGUAACUGGAGCUGUGGACGCAGAUGAAGGCUCGAAUGCCAUUGUCUACUACUUCAUAGCAGGGGGGAACAGCGAUGGUAACUUUGGCCUGAGUCCACCCGGAGUGCUGAAGGUCAAGAAGGAUCUGGACCGGGAGGAGAUCCCAGUCUACUCCAUCAUUGUCAAGGCUUCCAGCAACAGGAACUGGACUCCUCCCAGGGGUCAGAGGGCAUCACGGGCCAGGGCACUGGACCCCACACAAGACCCCACCCUGCAGGAGGUCCACAUCCACCUGGAGGACAUCAAUGACCAGCCACCUCGCUUUACUAAGGAGGAGUACACCGCAGGAGUUGCAGCAGAUGCCAAAGUGGGCUCUGACCUGAUCAAGUUGGAGGCCAUAGAUAAUGACAUAGGCAAUAACAGUGUCGUCCAUUACCAUAUCAUCAGCAUCCGGUACAUCAAGCUGCUGUCCAAUGAUACUGAGGAUAUGGGCAACAUCUUCAUCAUAGGUGAGUCAGACGGUCUGAUCCGAACCUACGACCUGUUCACGGCCUACGACCCGGGCUACUUUCAGCUGGAGGUGCUGGUGCGUGAUGAGGCCGGGCACACCGAUGUCGCCAUGGUGGGCAUCUACAUCCUCCGGGACGACCAGCGGGUCAAGAUUGUCAUCAACGAGACGCCAGAGAGAGUCCGUCUCUUCCAGGAGGAGUUCAUCAACCUGCUGUCCAACAUCACUGGAGCCAUCGUCAACACUGACGACCUGCAGUUCCAUGUGGACAAGAAGGGCAGGGUGAAUUUUGCUCAGACGGAUGUGCUGAUCCACGUCGUCAACAAGCAGACCAACCGCAUCCUGGACGUCCAAAGGGUGAUCCAGAUGAUCGAUGACAACAAGGAGCAGCUGAGGAACCUGUUCAGGAAUUACAACAUCAUGGACGUUCAGCCUGCUGUGAGCGGCAAAGUGCCUGACGACUUCUCCACACUCCAGCUGGUCAUCAUUAUCCUGGCUGUGCUGCUGUUCUUGGCUGGCAUUUUGUUUAUCACAGUGAACUGGCAUUAUCGCAGAGUACACAAGAGGAAGCUGAAAGCCAUCGUCGCCGGGUCCACAGGGAACCAGGGUCUCAUGGAUAUCCUGGACAUGCCCAACACGAACAAGUACUCUUUUGAGGGGGCCAACCCAGUGUGGCUUGACCCGUUCUGCCGUAACCUGGAGCUGGCGGCCCAGGCCGAGCACGAGGACGACCUGCCCGAAAACCUGAGCGAGAUCACCGACCUGUGGAACAGCCCCGCACGCACUCACGGCACGUUUGGCCGAGAGCCUCAAGCUAAGCCUGAGGAUGACCGGUACUUGAGAGCCGCCAUUCAGGAGUACGACAACAUCGCCAAGCUGGGUCAGAUCAUGAGGGAGGGGCCCAUCAAGGGCUCCCUGCUCAAGGUGGUCCUGGACGACUACCUGAGGUUGAAAAAGCUCUUUGCAGCCAGAUUGGUCACCAAGUCCACCAGCCAGGGAGAUCACUCAUCAAUCACCGAGCUGAUUCACAGUGACCUGGAUGAUGAUGAGGAUGAGCAUCUCGGCAUGGGCGGAGGUCGUGGAACUCUGCGCUUCAAACACAAACUCCCCGUGGAGUUGAGGGGUCCUGAGGGCGUGCACGUGGUCCACGGCAGCACAGGCACACUUCUGACCUCGGACCUCAACAGCUUGCCCGAGGACGACCAGCGGGCCCUGGCGCGUUCUCUGGAGGCGUUGAACGCUGACGGCGGGCUGUAUUCGGAACGUAACGCGCGCACAGAGUCGGCAAAGUCGACCCCGCUGCACCGCAACAAGGACGGGGACACCCUGUCGGCGAGUCCUCUGGAGAUCACUGAGUUAUGACUAGCCGAGGCCUCGCUGGUCUGAAAGAAACCACGACUCGUGUGUGUCCUUGUGCCCCGUCCUGCCUCCACAUUUACUACCUGACAAAGUUGGGGAAGCUUUUUGGAGGGGGGGCUGGUGGAGGAGUGUGUGUAGUCUAGGGAACCUCAACUACCAACCUCAGAACAACCAACCUCAGCACAUCAGUGAGACGGUCUGCGAGACCACUCACUCCCAAAUAGGUGGUUUGGGUGGUUUUUAUACCAGAGGUGGUCCCAAGAUAGACAUUUCAAGAGCAGGAUUAUUCAAAUGACCUUUAAUAAAUGGAACAUCAUAAGCAGGGCACUUUGUCUGCCACAUGCUGCUAGACAAAAACCAACUUGUCUCAUAGACAUUCAUCCAAAGAGCUGGGUGGAAGAGAGAGACAAAGCCUCCCUAUGGGAGAUGCUUGUUGAACCACGACCUUAUAAUUGUCAGAGGGUGCCUCAUUCUCCUUCAUCCUUUUGAAAUCGUACCUGGACUGCGUACACUCACUCACACACACACACACAAAUGCGCACACUGAAAAAAAGGAAGGUACACGCGCUCAGACCAGCGAAUGGCCAUCAAUGGGACACUGAGAAAAUGAUGCAAUUCUUUAUCAUGCUCUGAUAUUUUUUCAUGUAAGAUAAUGCAAUCAGUGUUGAAAGGGGAUGGGGGAGCAGGAGAGCUACAGAGGAGCCUUGUCUUUCAGAUACAUGGACUUUUAAUACGAACAAGAGCACUUUGAUACAUCCCUGAGUAACGUUCAUAAGAAUAAAUUCCUCAGCUAACACCAUGAGAGAAAGGGUCCCUUGGCUCAUUGAAAAUGAACCUGGCUUAGUAAUGUUAGCCUUGCUGAAGAAAGGUUUGUCAGAACAACAACAAAGGAGAAAAACAUUCAGUUUGCAGGGCAAAAAUGAGUAUUCAGACACUUUUCCAGCCCAACAUCUUCAGCAUGGAAUGAGCCAAACAUGUACAAGGUGACCAUUCACUGUUACUUGAAAGAUUUGUCUUGUGAAGACGAUGGACAGAAACUAUGGAUGAGUGUUUCAAAGAUUGGGGCCACAGCAAAAAACAACAAAAAAAAGCAAAAACAAAAAAAAUACCUUCUUACAUUUUAUGAAACAUUUGAUAUCAAAGUCAAAGGCAGUAAAACAAAGCCCUAGUAUGGACUUGUAAGAAUAUGUGGAAUAAAAACUAGAAAUAAAAAAGAAAUGAUCCCACAUCUGGGGACUGAAAGAUGGCAAGGUGCCCACAAAUAGACUUUACACUGCCACCAGAGUAAAAGAGUAAAUGCUCAAAAUGAGCAGUGUUUGCUUUAUUUUUUUAUUUUAUAGAAAAUAUUAAAAAAGAGAAUAUGUGAUGGAAUUAAAAAUAUUUUUGAAGAAAAAUGCUGGCUUACCAAAAUGGGUAGAGAACAGUUAUGGAUGUUUGGAGUAUGUGUAUAUUGUGCUAUGGUGGCAUUUGUUGUUGUCUGUUUUCCUUUGUAUAGCAACUGACAGUUUCUGAUGAGUGGUGUGUUUCUAACAUUAUUUUUAUAUUCCCAUUUUGUAAGUUUUUAUUUUUUGUCAUUUAUUGUCACCAGCCCUGAGAUCUGUGUUGGGAAAUGUUGUUGGAUGAUCUGUGAUAAUAAAAUAAAUAUGCAAUGGC